AUGAUCUCCCUCACUAACAAAACCUCCAUCAUCACCGGCGCCUCCUCCGGCAUGGGCCUAGCAGCCACCCAGCUCUUCCUCAAGCUCGGCGCCACUGUCUACGGCGUCGACAUCUCCCCCCUCCCCUCGACACUCCCCGCCCACGACCGCUUCCACUUCCACCAGGUCGACCUCCGCGACAAAGACAGCCCUGCCGCCGUCGUGCACGGCUGCCAGCGCACCUUUGGCCCGCGCAUCGACGUGCUCCUCAACGUCGCCGGCGUCAUGGACGGCUUCCACAGCGUCGACUCCAUGGACCCGGCGGUGUGGGAGCGGGUGCUGGCGGUCAAUCUCACCGUGCCCGCGCUGCUGGCUGGAGAGGUCGUCCGCGUCUUCCGCCAGCAGCAGCAGCAGCCCGGCGGGAACAUCGUCAAUGUAUCCAGCCGGGCCGGGCAGAGUGGUGCCGUGGCUGGGGCGGCCUACACGGCGAGUAAGCACGGGCUGAUCGGGCUGACGAGGAAUAUUGCCUGGCGGUUUCACAAGGAGGGUAUUCGGUGCAAUGCUAUCUGUCCCGGGGGGUUCAACACGGGCAUCAUGCACUCCGUCGACAUGUCGCGGCUCGAUCAGGCGGCGCUGGAGACCGUCCUGUAA